AUGCCUGCGGGGCUUUUCUUUUCUUUUCUUUUCUUUUUUUUUUUCCUUUUUUGCCCCUUGGUCAAGCAGAAAGGUGUUCUAGAAGAUGAUAUUCUCCCAAAUCGUCGGGACCUGCGAUCGCAACAGCACAAUCUUCACAUGAAAAGGCUGACUGCGAGACAACACACGGCAUCCAUCCAUCGCUCCGUGCGACGAGUUUCGAGGUACGUGCGCGCGCCUCCCGGUCCACAUGGGCAUUUCGGCCGUCCCUUAGCCUUAACCAUAUCGGGUGUUACCCUCUCACGGCUAUGGGAAGUUCCCGGCCUCUCCCAAGAUACCCCAUUUAACACCAGGCUGAAAGAGCGUGUUCCAUGUUCACAAGGUGUUGUAUCUUCCGCGAAAGAUCAUAAUACCAUGCUAUGUGCAAUGCACGUUCAGAGGAUUAGAAACCCUUUCCGAACAAGUUGA